AUGUGUGCAAUGUCAUGUGUCAUGCGACGAUGUAGCCAUCUUGAACAAGUUCGCCUCGUCAAAUGUGAGCUCAAUGCAGAAUUAUUGAAAAACUUCGAGUUCAACUUGAAAGGCUCUAUAGUGAAGGUGUCAGAAUUUGAUAUCAGCUUAAAUCCGAUGUCCGUUGAAGCUUUUGAUAUCUUUGGUUCAGUUUUAACAAACAUUGAAGUGGAAAAACUCGUUAUGCGUGGCUGCUCACUUACAGAAGAAAAGCUUCGUGUGCUUGGAAGAAAUUCCCAUUUACAGAUUCACAUUCUGGAUGUUCGAAAUAUCACCAACAUGACGUUUGACUUGUAUCUUGCGAUUGUCAAGUUUGCAUCUGAACAUGCUGUCAAUAAACUUUUGAUGGAUCCGUGGGAUUGCUUCAUCGCAAGCAACAAGCAGCUGUUGGAGCUGAGUAAAUGGGAAGUUUGUGGAAAGAUCCAAGUUCUGGAUGUUCGAAAUAUCACAAACAUGACGUUUGAUCUGUAUCUUGCAAUUGCCAAGAUUGCAUCUAAACAUGAUGUCAAAGAACUUUUGAUAGAUCCGUGGGAUUGCUUCAAGGCAAGCGAAGAGCAACUGUUGGAACUGAGUAAAUGGAAAGUUUGUGGAAAGAUCAAUGUUUUGGAUGUUCAAUCCAUCACUCAAAUGUCAUCUGAUCUAUGUCUCACCAUAUAUGAGUUUGCAAGUCAAAGGGGAGUCAAAAAAAUUCUAAUGGAUUCGUUGGAUUUCUCUAAAGCAAAUAAAGAGCAAUUAAAGAAAUUAAGCAAAUACAAACUUUGUGGGAAGAUAUCCGUUAUUGAUAUCAGUCAAAAUUCAAUGGACGAAGAAGCUUUUGAUGUUCUUGGUGACCUUUUUACAAACUAUGAAGUUGACCAACUCAUUGCAAAAAAUUGCCAGCUAACAAAAGCAAAACUUGAUGCUCUUGGAAGUCAUUCUGGAUUAGAAAUUUGCUCUCUGGAUAUUCGAUCCAUAACCCACGUGACAUUCGAUCUAUUUCUUGCAAUAUCUAAGUUUGCAAGUGAAAGUGAGGUCAAAGAACUUCUGAUGGACCCAUGGAAAGAGUUAAAAGCGAAUAAAGAUCAAAUAAUGGAAUUGAGUAAAUGGAAAGUCUAUGGAAAGUUGGAUAAACUAGAUGUCAGCAACAACAAGGAUCUUGGCACUGCUGGUUUUGGUAAAGUUGGAACAGUUGUUUCAAAAUGCCAGGUGAAGGAAUUGAAGGCUCAAGGUUGCAAUCUCACAGCAGAAGGAAUGAAAGCAUUCAAGGAAAACACUCGCAAUGCCAAGCUGAAUGAACUAGAUGUCAGUUAUAACAGGAACCUUAGAACUGAUGGUUUUGGUGAACUCGGAUUAGUUGUUACACAAUGUCAUGUGGAGUCAUUCAAUGCUACUGGUUGCGAUCUGACAGCAGAAGGAAUAAAAGCUUUCAAAGAAAACACUCGCAAUGCAAAGAUUAAAUACUUGAUACUGAGUUUUAACCCAGUCAGCAAACUCGGAGAUGAAGAAUUAUUCACAAUCUGUGAAAUUGUUCAUCAAUGCCAGGUUGAGAAAUUGGACAUGGAAUAUUGUCACUUCAUCAAUGAUCAGUUGGAAAGAUUCAAAGCAUUGAUCGCUGAUACCGGAGUUGAGUUCUUUCUGAAGGUGGGCGAUUGCUAUUUUAUUCUGCAGGAAGACAGAGGCGAGAGCUCAUCACUUUCAAUACAAGCCAAUGCAGAUUCUGACAGUUCAAAUGGGAGUUUUGACGGUUCGGAAACACCGGAUGAUUUGGAAAAAAGUAAUGCCUGA